GAAAUUUGAACUCCAAUGUACUUAGUUAGUUCAGAGGUCAAAGGCGACGAUGACAGUAAGAAGUAUAGAGAGUUCGUCGACACCGUCACCCCGGGGCAAAAAAUAAUUAAAGGUCUAAAGCGAGAUUGGAAAACGCUGAAACGUGUACUGUCACCUAACAGAGAAUUCUCCGACCUCGAAGCGCUGUGGAAACCCGAGAUAAUUCCUAGUCAUUGUGACGUGCUCAUCAUUGGCGGUGGAGCGAUUGGUAGCUCGAUAGCGUAUUGGCUGAAGCAGAAGAUCUAUAGAGACGAAUUCAAUGUUGUUGUAAUUGAGAAAGAUCCUACGUAUACCAAAGCUUCCACAACUCUUUCGGUAGGUGGUCUGCGUCAACAGUUCUCUCUUGAAGAAAAUAUCCUCAUGUCACUGUACGGCGCGGAAUUCCUGCGAAAUAUCAACGAGCAUUUGAGCGUCCCUGGCGAGCCGCCCAUCGAUGUGAAUUAUCAUCCUUACGGCUAUUUGCUAUUGGCGACCGAGGAGGGUGCUGAGACUUUAGUACAGAACUCAAAGUUACAGAAUUCUUUAGGAGCGAAGAAUGUCAUUCUUACUGCAGAGAAGCUGAAGCGCAUGUUUCCUUGGAUAAAUACCGAUGGGAUCGCGGCGGGUUGUCUUGGGCUGGAAAAGGAAGGAUGGUUUGAUCCGUGGUCCCUGUUGUGUGCCUUCAAGAAGAAAGCUAGUCAUUUGGGUGUUCAAUACAUCAAUGCCGAAGCCAAGGCUUUUAAAUAUAAGACGCUGCCAGGAGUUUAUGAUCGCGACAUGAUUCCUGCCAAAAAAUUAAAUAGCGUAGUCAUAGAAACAGAGGAUGGUGAGAUUAGGACAAUAGAGUUCGCCAGAGCUAUUAUUGCUGCAGGCGCGUUUAGCGGCAAUGUAGCCGAGUUAGCUGAUAUCGGAACAGGCGAAGGAUUAUUAUCU